CUCGAGGUCCUGGUGGGGCAUAUGACGGUCGUGGCGUUGAUCAGGCGGGAGCUGCUGUCCAUUCUCCACGGCACCUACAGGUUUGUGAAGAAGCUGUACUACGAGAGCGCGCCGCUGUGGCAGUGCGUGAAGGAGGAGCCUAAGGCCUUCUGCGGCGUCUACCAGACCGAUGCCGCGCCGUGGGCUUUCGGGGUGGCCUACUCGCAGUGGCCGGUGGCGGCGGUCGCGGACGCUGGGCGAGUGCCCGAACGCGCGCGGUUCCGCCUGGGGGCCGAGGCCGCGAGGAGCCACGCUUUUGCUGCUGCAGGGCUGGAGGGGCGCGAUGACGGGCUGCUGCAGGCUCGAGCUGGGCCUGCCGAGGACGAGGCGCUGAGGUGGGGGCGCGACAGGUCGUUCCUGGGGUUGCCAGCUCGUUUGCUACAUGGAUCCUGGUGGAGCACAGUGAUGGCUGACAAGUGGAGGUACGAAGAAGGGAUCAUCCACCUGGAGGCCCGUGCCGUGCCGAAGGAGAUCGAGCGCCUUGCCAGGAGCCGACGCGGACACGACGCACGAGCUUUGUUCGUGGGAGAUAACCUGGGGCUGACCCUGGCGCUGGGGAGGUCGGUGUGGUCUACGACGACGGACGUACUCAAUACGGGCAUCAAGAUGGCGAGUCACACGAUCAAGAGCAUGAGCGAGACGGAGUGCAGCGGGGCGCGGUCGGGCGAUCGCGGACGCUGGCGGCGACUGGAGAGGCAGGCCCGCGCGCGGAGCCGAAGCUCGAGGCGCGCCCGGGCGCUGACAGCGGCGAGGGCGACGAGCCUGCAAGCGCGGCUGGAGGCGCCGGCGCUGGAGCCGAGUGGCUCGCUGGAGGCGCAGGCAAGGCUGGCAGCGCGGGUCGCAGACGCCGGCUCGACCGUCGGGGACGACGAGAGCGACCCCGCGUCCGAGGAGGCGGCGACGGAGGCGGACCGCAAGGAGGAGCGGCUGGCGCGGCAGCGGGCGCGGCGGCGGGUGGCGCGAAUUUCCGAGGGCAAGAUGACGAUGCUUCCUGGUCAUAGCUACCUGGAGGCCGCGAGCGUGUCGGAGGCCAGCCGAGUCCGUUAUCGGUCGUGCGUGCAAGAGCUCCUGGACCUUGCCGACCGGGAGAGCAUGGCGCUGUGCGAGGACGGCGAGGUGGGCGAAUGUCUCGUGGCGUGGAUGAACUCGAGGUAUCGACUCGGGGAUCGCGCGUGGCGAGGCGAGUACAUGGCGGCCGCCCUGAUGUUCGCCUACCCGAGUUUCGGGCGAGGUUGCAGCCGGCACGUGCCGCGGGCUCUUCAGUGCCUCAGAGGGUGGAGGAAGCUCUGCCCGAAGUUCAGUCGGCGGCCGCUGCCUUGGGUCGCGUGGGCCGCGCCGGCGCUGGAGCUGCUGCGAAGCGGGCGCGGGCGCGCGGGGUUUGGAGUGCUGCUGAUGGUGAGCGCUUACCUGAUGCCGUCAGAGCUGCUCAGCCUCCGGCGGGGCUCCUUGGCCCCCCCGGCGCGGGGCGGCCUGACAGACUGGCGCCUGCGCCUCUUCCCCCAGGAGAAGAUCGAACGGAGCAAGGUUGGGGGCGCGGACGACGCCGUGGUGAUGAACUCCGAGAGAAUGCGCUGGGCGGACCCAGUGUUUGCGCACCUGGCCACAGGCUCGUCUACGGAGAAGCUGUUCCCGUGGGACUACCACUACCAGCAGUUCGGUGAGAUCGGGCACCUGAACCAGGCGUGGAGGAGGCUGGGCCCCGACGUGCAGGCGUUCGCCCUCGUUUGCGAGGAGCGCCUGGAGGAUGUGUUCCUACGCGGGGCGCCGGUGCCAGUGCGCCCGUGCCCGCAGGCUCCAGAGGGCAUUUGUUGGACGUCUACUCGGCAGUCGGCGGCGUGGCGCGCGCGGCUCGACAGUGGCGUUUCCAGACGCGUGAGUAUGACCUCCGCGGUGGUCCGGCAG